AUGCCCAAGGUAACAUGUGAGUUCGAUGCGCUCCGCGUUGGCCGUACGCGCAUUGCUUGCUUACACGGCGCAGCAGAUGAGAACAGCGACCUCUCGGAUGCUAGCGACUUGGCUCAUGAUGAGGUACUUCCCAAGCCUAGUGACAUCGAGGGCAAACCAGUGAAUGGCACUGCUUUGGACGACAACUCAGACAGUUCAGACGACGACGAUGACGACGAGGAAGCGUAUCAAGUCGAGAGUAUAGUAUCACACAAAGGCAAGGGCAAGAAUGUCAAAUACGAGAUCAAAUGGGUGGGCUACCCAGAAUCAGACAACACAUUUGAGCCACAAGAGAACCUGCUGCCGGAUGCUAGAGAGAUCCUCAGCAAAUACCAUGAGAAGAUUGGCCACGAUCCCAGUGUGCCGGACAAGAGCCUGAAGAAGUCAAAGGUUACUGGUGACCUUAAGCGGACCGCUUCUGACAGCCCUGGCCCCAACAAGCGCCAACGGACAAGUGACGGUUCCGACGCCACAGGCACCUGGCUGCCCCGCGAAUCCGACUGGGAAAAGCACGUGCACGCCAUCACGCACAUCGAAAAAGAUGUCAACACCGGCCAGCUCGUCGUAUUCAUCAACUGGCAAAAUGGCAAGAAGACCAAAGUCUCGAUGAACCAAGUCUAUGCGCAUUGUCCGCGGCCGAUGCUAAAGUUUUACGAACAACAUUUGUAA